GAGCGCGGUGAGAGCAGCCACACAGAGGACAAGUCGGAGAGAGAAGAUUUUGGGGGACGAACUGCAGGAAAUGGCAGUUGAAAUGUUUCGGAAAAAAGCUUCUUCCUCCUUGAGAAUGAGAAGAAUAACAGAAAGUGCUAGAUGGACGAUAGACCGCGGUCGGAGCUUGUCCUUCCAUGAGGUGCGCAGUCAACGUGAAGCCGAGAUGAGGGCCGCAGCCGAGGAGGCGUCCAGCAGCAGCAACAGCGUCGGAGGUGGAGGAGGAGGAGGCGGCAGCACCGUCCUGCAGCGCCUCCUGCAGGAGCAGAUGAACCGAAAUUAUGUACUCCAACAGCAGCAGCAGCAACAAGGGGGAGGAGCAGGCGGUGGUCCAGGGGGUGGUGGAGCCUACCCGGGUCAGGGACAGGGGGGUCCGGCCGAUGAUCACUCCAUGACCCCCCAUAUCGCCCGGCAAGAGCCUCAGGGACAGGAGCUGCAGACGGACAACGGCCUAGAAAAGCUGGGCUCCACCAGAGUGGGGGGAGGAGGGGGGAGCAGCGGAGGAGGAGGUGGAGGUUUAGGGUUAGGAACUGGAGUGGGAGGCAGCAGUGGGGGCGGUGGGGGGAGCCAGGGACAAGGGCCGAACCCUGAGGAUCUCCCUACGUACGAGGAGGCCAAAGUGCAGUCGCAGUACUUCCGUGGCCACGCUCCGCCCCCGCAGCAGCAGAACCCCCAGCCCCAGCAGCCCCCCAUGCCCGCCUCAGUGGGCACCGCCUUCUAUGUCACCGGCGUCACCAACGCCAAGGUGCGCACCGAGGGUCGGCCCACGGUGCAGCGGGUGAGCGGCGCAGGAAAGGUUCACCAGGACGACGGGCUGAAGGACCUAAAGCAGGGCCACGUGCGCUCCCUCAGCGAGCGGCUGAUGCAGCUGUCGUUGGCCACCAGCGGAGUGAAAGCCCACGCCCCUGUCACCAGCGCCCCGCUCUCCCCCCAGCUGCCCCCUCCAGGACCGCCAGGGGACUACUACAAGCCGCCGCACAGGGGACCGCCUCCAGACUAUCCCUAAGGCAUGGGCUCACCCACCAAACAGCAGGAGCCUGGAGGUCACUUCUACCCGGAGCAGAGAGGGAGGGAGCACUCCAGGGAGGUGCCCCACGUCCGCUACCAGCCCCCCCCUGAGUACGGCUCAUUCAGGUCCAGUAAAGAGGGCUCGGUCCACUCCCAGAGGCCCCUUCACCAGCACAGUCCCACCUCCUCCGUCACCUCUGUGGGCUCCUUGUCCCGUGCCCAGUCCUCCACCCUCAGCAGCAUGCUCAGUGCUUCCCACUCAUCCCACCCGUCCUUCCCUCACCAGCACCCUCAGGGUCAGAUAGAGCCCUUCCCUGUCGUGGGGCCCCGCAGUCCACAAGGCCCCGGCUCCCAUCACCCAGGCGAGCCUUUCGCCCCCGGGCCCAUCCACCUGCCACCACAGAGGGGCCACGGUUUUCCUCAUGACCCAUAUGGCUCCACUCCCAGGAUGCACCACCAUCAGCAGCAGCAGCAGCAUCAGUAUCAGCAACAGCAGCAGCAGCAGCAGCAGCAGUUUCAGGGCCCCCCCCCUCCUCAGCCUCAGCUGCCAGUGCAGACUGGACAUUUCCCACACCCACACUCCUACUCUAACCUGCAGGGGGAGUCCUUCGCCAUGAUGGCUCGUGCCCAUCAAAUGGUGGAUGUGCUGACGGAGGAGAACAGGAUGCUGAGGCAGGAGAUGGAGGUCUGUCGCGAAAAAGUCACCAAACUGCACAAGUUGGAAACGGAGAUCCAGCUGGUGUCGGAGGCUUAUGAGAACCUGGCCAAGUCCUCGUCAAAGAGGGAGGCUCUGGAGAAAACCAUGAGGAACAAGCUGGAGCUGGAGGUGCGGCGGCUGCACGAUUUCAACAGGGACCUGAGAGAGCGCAUGGAGACGGCCAAUAAGCAGCUCGCUGCUAAAGAGUGUGAGGGAUCUGAGGACAACCGCAAGACCAUCUCACAGCUGCUCACACAGAACAAAGAGACGCUGCGUGAGAAGGAGAAGCUGGAGAUGGAGCUGAACGCGCUUCGAUCCACCACAGAGGACCAGAGGAGGCACAUCGAGAUCAGAGACCAGGCGCUCAACAACGCCCAGGCCAAAGUAGUCAAGCUGGAGGAGGAGCUGAAGAAGAAGCAGGUCUACGUGGAGAAGGUGGAGCGGAUGCAGCAGGCUCUGGCUCAGCUUCAGGCCGCCUGCGAGAAGAGAGAACAGCUGGAGCAUCGACUUCGAACGCGACUGGAGCGGGAGCUGGAGUCGCUCCGCAUGCAACAGCGUCAGGGCGGCUCCCAGAGCAGCGGGACGAUCCCGUCAGAAUACAACGCCACGGCGCUGAUGGAACACCUGAGGGAGAAGGAGGAGCGCAUCCUGGCCCUGGAGGCCGACAUGACCAAGUGGGAGCAGAAGUACCUGGAGGAGAGCGUGAUGAGGCAGUUCGCUCUGGACGCCGCUGCCUCCGUCGCCACGCAGAGGGACACUUCAGCGGUGGCGAUAAACCACUCCCCCAGCAGCAGCUACGACACGUCUGUGGAGGCACGAAUCCAGAAGGAGGAGGAGGAGAUUCUCAUGGCCAACCGGCGCUGUCUGGACAUGGAGAGCAGAAUAAAGAAUCUCCACGCCCAGAUCAUUGAGAAGGACGCCAUGAUAAAGGUGCUCCACCAGCGCUCCAGAAAAGAGCCCAUCAAAUCUGACGCCCCCUCCGCCAUGAGACCCUCCAAGUCCCUCAUGUCCAUCUCCAACACUGGCUCUGGUGGUUCAGGACUGCUGUCCCACAGCCUGGGCCUCAGCAGCUCCCCCAUCACUGAAGAACGCAAGGACACCAGCUGGAAGGGCAGUCUGGGAGUCCUUCUGGGCCCAGAGUUCAGGACGGACUCUCUGAGGGCGGAGUCUAUCUCCUCGUCUCCGUCUCCGGUGCUCCCCUCCACCCCCAUGACGGCGGGACACUCCAAGACGGGCAGCAGGGACAGCUGUACGCAGACCGACAAAGGCCAGAACCAGGACACCAGCAAACCCAGCACCCCGGCUCUGCAGAGCAUGACGCUGCCCGCCCGCCUGUCCAACCCCAGUCCGGUCUACAUCCCAGACCGCAUCGCAGACGUGCCAGUGUUUCACAGCAGCACCCUGGAGCGACGGGUUCCCCUGCAGUCCCACCCCCAGCAACCCGCAGCCCCGCCCCCUCCAGCACCGCCCAGCCAACAGCAGGAAGUAGACAGCGACAUGGUGGAGAUCCUCAUCUGA